AUGAAACCGUCCUUGCAGAGACCUGCCGGGCAAUCCACACCGCUCGAGGGGCACCCCGGCCGCAGCGCCGCGAUGCCGCCGGCCGCGGGUCAACGGGCGGCGUGCGGUACACGCGGCGCGGGCCGCCCGCCAGGCGCCGCUCAUCCCAUCGCGCGGGCCCUCGCCGGCAAGCGGAGGGCCCCGGAGGCACGGCGGUGGGCAGGACAGGGAGGCACUGCAGUUCAUGCUGGGGGUGACCAACAAAAUGGAGCACAACAAAGCACUGCCACUCGAGGCGUUGUUGUGCUGCCUGGGCUGGGCAACAGCUCGGAGGACUACACCGACUUUGUUGAAGACCUGACAGCGAUGGGCAUGUGCGUGGCGGUCCCCCAGGUCCGGCGCGUGGACUGGCUGCGGAAUGCGGCUGGUGUCGUGGAUUCUGCAUAUUGGGCAGGAUCUCUGAAGCCCAGGCCCACUGUUGACUGGUAUUUGCAGCGCUUAGGCGAAGCCAUUGACCAAGUCAAGCGCGAUGUCGAUGGGGCACCCAUCACUAUUGUGGCCCACUCAGCAGGUGGCUGGCUGGGCAGGGUGUACUUGAAGGACUUUGGCACUGCUGGCAUCGACUCCUUCAUCUCACUGGGGUCACCGCACAGCCCACCUCCUGAGGGGGCAGAGGGCGUCGUGGAUCAAACAAGGGGCAUCCUAAACUACUGCAGUGAAGAAUGCCCUGGGGCCUUCCAUCCUGAGGUCAACUACGUCACUGUGGCAGGGCGCUACAUCCAGGGUGCCCGGUUUAAUGGCGAGGGCACCUUCCAGCAGAAGCUGGUGGGACUUGGCUACCAGCAGGUAUUCCCAAGUCCACACUGA